GUUUACGGGCGGAACACAACUCCCUGCUGUGGAUCAGAUUCUGCUGCACACCGUCCGAGUCGAGCUGCGGGGGUUCUGAGGUCCGAGCAGGCGGAGAAAAUGGCAAAAGUCGACCUGGGUCAGGUUGGGAAGAACUUGGUGAAGAGCGCAGAAAGUGGCGAGACGGUGGAGCUGCAGUCUCUGUGGCAGGACCAGCCGGCGGUCCUGUUCUUCCUGCGGAGGUUCGGCUGCCAGGUGUGCCGCUGGAUGGCAGCGGAGAUCAGCAAGCUGGAGCCGGAGCUGCGGGCCGCCGGGGUGGCGCUGGUGGGCGUGGGCCCGGAGGAGCUGGGCCUGAAGGAGUUCAAGGAGGGAGGCUUCUUCAAAGGAGACAUUUACGUGGAUGAACAGAAGAAAACCUACAAAGAUCUGGGUUUCAAACGAUACACAGCGCUGAGCGUCGUUCCUGCUGCUCUGGGGAAGAAGGUACGAGACGUAGCAUCAAAGGCCAGCGCUGAAGGAAUCCAGGGCAACUUCUCUGGAGAUCUGCUGCAGAGUGGAGGCGUGCUCAUUGUGGCCAAAGGUGGAGAAAAGGUCUUGAUGCACUUCAUCCAGGACUCACCAGGAGACCACGUGGCCCUGGAGGACAUCUCCACGGCUCUGGGCAUCUCAGCCACAGCAACAGCAGGACAGAAGCCCGCGUGCAACGAUGACGUCUGUUCGCUAUGAAGGAGCUGCUGGAUGCUGCUGAACGGUCCCACUGAGGCUCAAGUCAAGAUGUUAAAAUGAAUGUUUACCACCUAAUGCUCCAAUGUCACCACUGUUUGAGAUUUUCUGAGAUUUUUUGAGAUCACAUGUUUAUUAUCUGUUGUAAAAGUUGAUCGUAAAUGUUGUUGUUCUGUCAUGACACCUGUUUUAAUGAUUGUUGGUACAUUUAACUUCAGUAAACUGUUGGUUCCUGUUGUUCA